UAUUACUUAUUCUGUGCUAUCUUCAUGUUGUGUUUAAGUUAUUUACUGCAUUUAUUCAGUAUAAUUAUUAGUUUGCUCACGGACAGUAGUGAUUUAAGAUUUAAGAAAAUGAAUUAUUUAUUUACAAUUUUGGCUGUUUGCGUUGCAAUAGCAGCCGCUGAAUCUCCAGCCAUCAGCAAGCAAUAUCGCACAGACUACAUUUACGAUAAAAACACCGACUCCUUCUACAAGAUGCACACAGACCAAGCGUCGACUGAUCGCGCACAUACCACAUGCCAGGCCGAAGGCGCCCGGCUUAUGGCUCCCGAGUCCGAACAAGAUCUGGCGCUGGUCCACGGCAUGUUUAAAAAGUUCCCGGAUAUCGGGAGACUGGUGCUUGUGGAUGGGAAUGGGGUCGGUCACGAUGAGGCGGAUGAGGAUGAGGAACCUAUUAUCAAUUUGGACGAGGACACUGACUACGGUCCACGUCGCAAGUGCGAAGUGGUAAAUCGGGAAGGUCAGAUAGAGAGCGCAUUGUGCUACUUCGAGCUGCCGUUUAUAUGCAAAGUGAACGCAAAGGACGCGCCUUAUAACGAGGAAUGCGGGACUUAUUCUAACGAUUACGUCUCAAAAGUCUCCCUCACCGGCAGCUGCUACCGGAUAGCCAGGAUAAAAGCCAACUGGAACGAAGCAUACGCCAACUGCCAGGCAGAGGGGGCCCACUUGGCCAUCCUCAACAACGAGGGCGAGUUCGAAAUCGUCAAGGGUAUGCUGGACAAAACGCCCAGGAGUGUCGAGGACUGGCAAUUCUUUGUUGGCAUUCGUGCGGAGGAGAAGAAGUCUCCGAUAAUAUUUAGAACCAUUUUCAAUCAAACUCUAGAGCAGGUCGGGUACGCGCCCUGGGACAACAACGAGCCGAACAAUUCCUUUGGCAUCGAGUACUGCGUGUCGCUCCUCAGGACCACGGGCAAAUACAACGACACCGUGUGCCGCAACCGCUACUCGUACGUCUGUGAGAAGGAGCGCAGUGUUUGAAUAUAUCUUGUUAUUUUUAAUACUGCUCAUUAAGUACAACAGCAUGUAGACAACAAUGUGCCCAGAGCGUGUCGCUCAUCAGGACCACGGUCAAAUCGAUAAUGGGAGCCGCAAUCGCACAUCUACGUAUUACGUAUUUCGUCACUAAUGUAUAUUAUUAGUACUGCUCAUUUAGUCUAUAGUCUCAUACUCGUAAAACAAUUUGUCAGUAGAAAACAGAGCGAAUUUUAAAUUUUGUAUGGGAUUUGUGGCCUCGGUCUUGUAUAAUGUAUGUAGGCUUUAGAAAAGGUCGAAUCCAUAACAUCAUACAUUUUAGGAAAUAAUACGGCCUAGGUCCUUUUUAUUUUCUGACUUUGUUUUCUUUUUAGGGUUCCGUAGGCAAAUGGCAAAAAACGGAACCCUUAUAGAUUCGUCAUGUCCGUCUGUCUGUCUUUUUAUGUCACAGCCACUUUUUUCCGAAACUAUAAGAACUAUACUGUUCAAACUUGGUAAGUAGAUGUAUUCUAUGAACUGCAUUAA